AACUUGAAAAAGAUGAAAGAAUAAAUAAAGUAUUAAAUCAAUAUUCGGAUGAUGAAGAACUUCAAGGAUAUAUGGUAUGUGGUUUGGGGCUUAAAUAUCAAGAAAAGUUACUUGAGAGUGCUAAAAAACAG